UAUAUCAAACUUGGAGCUAACUUUCUCCCCCCUGCCUCACUUUUUUUCACAAAAAAAAAAGAAAAGACCCUGCAGGGUUUUGCUUUUAAUUCAGACCACCUCUCGCCGGACUUGGAGGCAAAGUAACGUCCACUCAAGUGACCCUCAACGGGAACCACGCACUUUAACAGCGAUGGAGUACCUCAAGUCUUGCAUUGUGUUUUGGUGCUGGAUGACGUGUGCAAACGCGGUCGUGUCCACUGACACACCCCGGGGUCCUGCGCCUAUUCCUCAUGAAGAUUUACUUGUGCUAACAGUGGCAACAGAAGAAACGGAUGGCUUCCGCCGCUUCAUACAAUCUGCAAACUAUUUCAACUACACUGUGAAGGUGUUGGGAAUGGGGGAAGAAUGGAAGGGCGGUGAUGUUGGCCGCUCUAUCGGCGGCGGACAAAAAGUCAGACUACUGAAAGAGGCCGUGGAAAGUCUAGCUGACCAGGAGGACCUUGUGGUCCUCUUUGUGGAUAGCUACGAUCUUAUCUUCGCCGGAGGACCAGAGGAGAUUCUCAGGAAGUUCCAACAAGCGAAUCACAAAGUCCUUUUUGCUGCAGAAGGGCUGAUAUGGCCAGAUAAGCGACUGGCCGACAAGUAUCCCUCGAUCCGCAGUGGCAAGCGGUACCUCAACUCAGGAGGAAUAAUGGGAUAUGCCCCAUACAUAAACCGAAUUGUUUCACAGUGGAACCUUCACGACAAUGACGACGACCAGCUCUUCUACACUAAAAUAUUUGUGGAUCCACUACAAAGAGACUCUCUCAACUUGACACUAGACCACAAGUGCCAGAUUUUCCAGAACCUGAAUGGCGCAAUUGACGAAGUGCUUCUCAAAUUUGGAACCAACCGCGUGAGAGUUAGAAACACAGCGUACGACUCUCUGCCAGUGGUUGUCCAUGGCAACGGGAAUACCAAAAUGUACUUGAACUACUUGGGCAACUACGUUCCCAACACGUGGAACUAUGAGCACGGCUGCAGCCACUGUGACGAUGAUGUCGUGGAUAUGUCUCAGUUGAAAGAGUAUCCCAACGUGCUGGUCGGCGUCUUCAUCGAGCACCCGACGCCUUUUCUCCCCGAGUUCUUCGAACGUUUGAUGACAUUGGAUUAUCCCAAAGAUAAACUCAAGGUUUUCAUCCACAAUAAUGAGGUUUACCAUGAGAGGCACAUGCAGAUGUUUUGGGAGGAACAUAGGAAUGUGUUCAGCAGCUUGAAGGUCGUUGGACCAGAAGAAAUUCUCAGCCAAGGAGAGGCCAGAAACAUGGCCAUGGAUCUUUGCCGCCAGGAUGCCACAUGUGACUUCUACUUCAGCAUAGACUCAGACGUGAUGCUCACCAACACACAGACUCUGAAGCUCCUCAUUGAGCAGAACAGGAAACUCAUCGGCCCCCUCGUCACUCGCCACAACAAGCUGUGGUCCAACUUCUGGGGAGCGUUGAGUCUGGAUGGUUAUUACGCCCGCUCGGAAGAUUAUGUCGAUAUUGUGCAGAGAAAACGAGUAGGUGUGUGGAACAUUCCCUACAUGGCGCACAUCUACCUGGUCCGGGGCGACGUUUUGAGGAAGGAGUUGAAAGAAAGGAACUACUUUGUUCUUGAGAAACUGGACCCUGAUAUGGCUUUGUGUAAACACACCAGAGAGCUGACCAGUCACAGAGAAAAAGAGUCCCCUUCUCCGGAAUCAUUCCAUAUGCUCAGGCCCCCAAAGGGAGUCUUCAUGUACUUAACAAACCGCCACGACUUUGGAAGGCUCAUUUCCGCAGCCAAUUAUAACACUUCUCAUUAUAACAGCGACUUGUGGCAGAUAUUCGAAAACCCCCUGGACUGGAAGGAGAAGUACAUUGAUCCCAACUACAUGAAAAUCUUCACUGAAAACUACUUGGAAGAGCCUUGUCCAGAUGUCUUUUGGUUUCCGGUCUUCACAGAAAAGGCCUGUGACGAACUAGUGGAGGAGAUGGAGAACCACGGCUCGUGGUCUGGAGGCAAACAUGAGGACAAGCGGAUCUCCGGCGGCUACGAGACGGUCCCGACGGACGACAUCCACAUGAAGCAAAUCGGAUUCGACAAGGAGUGGCUUCACUUUAUCCGAGAGUUCAUCGCGCCUGUGACGCUAAAAGUUUUCUCUGGAUACUAUACAAAGGGUUACGCGGUCAUGAACUUCGUAGUCAAAUACACUCCCGGGAGGCAAUCAUACCUGAGGCCCCACCAUGACUCCUCCACCUUCACUAUCAAUAUUGCUCUUAAUAACAAAGACAUAGACUUUCAGGGUGGCGGCUGUCGUUUCCAUCGCUACAACUGCUCCAUAGAGUCGCCCAGGAAAGGCUGGAGCUUCAUGCACCCAGGACGACUGACUCAUCUCCACGAAGGACUACCCACCACCAACGGCACACGCUACAUCGCCGUGUCCUUCAUCGACCCCUAAAAAAAAAAAAAAAAAAAAAAAAAAAAAACUUGUCUAAUUCCACUGUAAUUGAAACUUUUGACUGAUCUUGGCUCCUCGUGUUUGUUUUGUGUGUUUUUGUGCCCCGAUCUUUUGUAGUUAUGCAUUUUUAAAGCUAUUUGCUUUAAAAAGAUGAGUGAUUGCAAUUAAGCGAAUCUCUGUCAGACAGAGUGUUGACUGGAAAUGGGACGUGAAUAAAUUCUCACGUUUAGGUACACAAACGAGAGGCAUUUUGCUAGCUGGGUACACGUAUUCCAGUUAUUACAAACAAGAUACUUCCAUGGUGUAUUUAGUGAGUGAGCUCAUCAUGAUUUUCCAAGUCAUUUUGGCUUUUAGCUGUAUCAGGCUAGCAUGCACAUUGUGCAGACCUGAUGUGUUAACAUUUGAAAAACUGAACUUUUUUUUUUUUUUUUUUUAAAUCAACUGGUGCUAAUCAUCAUUCCGUCUUUUUAGACAGAAUUUAUUAAUUGGUGAUGCAAGUGAGUCAAGGUGUGUGUGGUUUGAUAAUCUAUUUUUGUAUUUUGCACGGCAGACAGAAAAAAAAAACAGGUCAGCAAAACUUGCUGUGAGUUUUGUUUGAAUGGAGUCUGUUACUUGAAGGUUUGUCACUUGCCUCUUUGAAAAUUGACAUUCAUCUUCGUUCCUGAAACCAAAAAUCUGAAAAAAAUGUCCUUGUAUGAAUGAAUUUUGCUACUCUUGCCUUUUUUUUAAUUUAUUGUCAAAAUGUAAUAAAAAAAAAUCUCUGAGAGUUUCAUUGAU